AUGACCGUUCUGGGAUCUGAGGUUGAGCAUUUGAAUACCUCAGUGGCAAGGCACAUGAAGGAGCUGGACUCUCUGCACCUUGGGCAGCUGCGGUUUCAGGAGCAGGUUGGUGCAGUGGCACAGAUUAAGGAGGAAAUGGCCCGCUGGGACAAUCAGCGGAGGAUCGCCGAGGCCUCCAUGGACGAGAAGCUAGAAGCUAUGCUUCAGAAGCUGGAAGCGCAGAGGUUUGCGCUCGAGCAGAAAGAGUCCACGCUGCACCACAUGCAGCGGAAUCUGGAAAGGGUGGCCAACGAGGUGAACAGACUUGUGGAGGACCAAGACGCAGUUCGAGAGGUUUGCGAAGCUCGGGUUGAUGAGCAAAGCAGACGCUUCACUCAGUUUCAAGCUGAAACUGAAGUGCGAUUCGCGACGAUGGAGAGACAACACAACGCACUGAGUGAUGAGCUUUGGGGCGACGAGUUGGGAUUAGCAAAGAUUGCCGGAGAGCUGAAGAAGACCAAUGCUACCUUUGGCAAGCUGGAGGACGCGGUAGCUGCUUUACAGGAAGGUAAAGCAGAAGCUGUUCAGCUGGAGAAGCUGCGAGCCGACGUGGCGAAGAUGGUGCAUGAAGCAAAGACGUCAACUUCACAAAUGCGCCAAACUGUCGGCGAGGUGGUCAAUGAUGUCCGAGAGCAUUUUCGCACCGCAUCGGAGACAAUCGCGUCGCACAAUGCCAACUUCGUGAAGCAAGUCCGUGAGGAUUAUCAGGUCGAACUGUCCAACUCAGCCAAGCUCCGGGAAGAGGUGAAGAGCUUCAUGAACAGGGCGACUCAAAGUGUGGAAAGCUUGGAGCUGCGAGUGGAUGAGGUUGCAUCCAAGGCGAAUGCAUUGGCUGCCGAAGCCCGAGAAGAGCUGGAGGAGCUAAACAGGCGAAGGAAGAGAGAUAAGACGUCUGCGGACAAUGAGCUAAAGGCGCUCAAGAAGAGACUCGGUGGAGUCUUCGACAACUCAGAUGCAGUACUCCGUGGAAUCGAGCACAUAUACUCCGUGCUGCAGCCUGUUCUGGAGAGUGAGUUGAUGCAAUGUGCUCUGGAGAAGCAGGAUGCAGUCGAUCGUGACCGAAUCUCUUUGAUGGGAGUCAAAGACGACGAGUUGACCUUAAGCCGCACCACACAUGCACAGCCGCAACGACCAAGACCAGAAUGCCGAGUCAAAACAGCGCCCGGGGGCAUGAAGCCCUCCAAAGCCCUGGAGGGCCCGCAGGCGCAGAAGCCAGUCGUGAGAGUUGACAACCGCUGCGUCUCUUGCAGUGGACAGGCUCCGCUUGUGCUGGCUGCCUUCAAGAUGGCCUGCCUGCACUAUGCGCCAUCACCAAUCGACUAUCGAGGUGCCGCUGUCGAGCGCUAUGAGCUUCUAGAUCGCCGAGAGCAGCUCCUGAUCACAGCGAACAGAUCAUUGCUGCAAGGGCCAGGUGCUCUAGACGGCGCAGGUAUUUUGGCUGAAUUUGCUAAUUCAACAGAACUGUCAACAUGGCAAACAACAUGA